AUGAACUUCAUCAGGCCAGGAUCGCUUGAGCUGACGAAGCGCGACCUUGAUCAAGAGCCCAACUGGGCAGAUGCCAUCGCCAAGACGAUCGAGGUAUCGCUCGGCCUAAGCGAGAUCCCGUUGAUACUCAUCGUCCGCAAAUUCAUCCCCGCCCCCAAUGAUGUCACGUCGCGAACCUGGAUUGCACCAGACGGGGUCACGCGGGUCACGACAGAACUGAGCCCGUAUGCCAUUGAUGAUAUCAACAUGGCCGCCGCCACCAUCGCCACCUACAUCCGUGAAAACUGCCUCUGCUUCGCCGAGGUUGUUGUCCAGGCCCCUCACGCCAUCCAGAUCGUGUACCGCCGUGUGGCCGAGCACGUGGCCGAGCUCCGCGUGGCCGUUGCCCGCCCGGAAGCUGACGAGAUGGACCGGGAGAUUCUCGAGCUGAUGGAGCGGUACUGCCCGCUGUGGUGGGGCAUCCGCAAUAUGAUGGGCUCCGCUUGGCUCGUCGGGGAGGAGAAGCUGGGCAUGGAUCCCGUCCUUGACGAGGGCUACCCGCUCGGCGACAAGAUCUCGGUGCCCCGCCAGGUCGUGCAGACGGCCGGUUGCCUGCUCAACCGGGCCACCCAGCCGCGCCAGACCGCCUUCCUGGAGGCUUUCCGGAGCGCCAUCGCUCCCGGCCGCAGCAAGGAGUGGUAUCAGCGCUCCUUCUAUACCGUUUUCGUUCUCGUCUUUGUGCUGCUGCACGAGUGUGAGGAUAUCAGCAAGGACCGCGAGCGAUACGCCCGCCAGAACUUCCUAAAGGUAAGUCAGAGCCCGAACCGAACCGUCUUCCCCUGGAUAACUAGAAACCCCAAGGCCGUUCCACUAAGACAGGCAUUUUUUUUUUUUGAACAAUUGUAG